CCGGAUCCUUCAUGAGGGAAGAGGCCAGGGACAGAGCAGCUAGCCCCGGCUUCUCUUCUCUUCUCUCCAGCCGACCAUAUUAUUCCGUGUUGCAAAGCCAAGGAGCCCGAACGAGGGGCUGUAUUAGGGUCCGUAGGAUGUCCCGACAUGAAGGUGUGAGCUGCGAUGCAUGUUUGAAAGGCAACUUUAGAGGGCGACGAUACAAAUGUUUAAUUUGCUACGACUACGACCUGUGUGCAUCGUGCUACGAGAGUGGAGCCACUACAACCAGACAUACCACAGAGCAUCCCAUGCAGUGUAUAUUAACCCGGGUGGAUUUUGACCUGUACUACGGUGGAGAAGCCUUCUCAGUAGAGCAGCCCCAGGCCUUCACGUGCCCUUACUGUGGCAGGAUGGGUUACACAGAGAUCUCCCUGCAGGAGCACGUGGCCGCCGAGCACACAGAGACGUCUACAGAAGUGAUCUGUCCCAUAUGUGCAGCCCUGCCAGGUGGAGAUCCUAAUCACGUGACGGACGACUUCGCUGCUCAUCUCACACUUGAACACAGAGCACCCAGAGACUUGGACGAGUCCAGUGGGGUGCGGCACGUCAGGAGGAUGUUCCAUCCUGGACGUGGUCUGGGGGGUCCCCGUGCCCGCAGGUCUAACAUGCACUUCACCAGCAGCACCACAGGGGGGCUCUCUACCAGCCAGAGCUCCACACAGAGUUCCAACUACAGCAGAGAGGCCAUGGAUCCCAUAGCAGAGCUCCUGUCCCAGUUGUCGGGGGUGCGGCGUUCAGCCGGCGGCCAGCUGAGCUCCGGCCCGUCGGCCUCCCAGCUCCAGCAGCUCCAGAUGCAGCUGCAGUUGGAGCGCCAGCAGGCCCAGGCGGCGCGCCAGCAGUUAGAGACGGCCCGUAAUGCCACACGAGGGGGCGGCCGCACCAACGCCAUCCUCAACACCAACUCGGCCACCGCUAACCCCAAUCCCAGCGCCAACCACAACACCAACCCCAGCCUCAACCCGGGCCCCCCGGAGCCCAGCACGCAGCACACUGCACAUAGCUCCCAGUUUCUACUCAGCAGGCUGAGCGAACCGCGGCUGUCUGAGUCGGAGAGGCAGGCGUGCGAGGCGCAGUGGGCUGACCGGAGUCUGUUUGUGACGGAGCUCCUUCUCUCCACGCUGCUGCCUGACCAGAACGCCUCGGCCUCCUCCUCCGAGGAUGAGGAUGACUACCACGGACCGCUGCGGAACUUCGCCGACUUCCAGGCCAUGGGCUGCGUGGAGGUCAUGACCCUGGACGUGGCGCUGGAGAACCUCAACCUGAAGGAGACCACCCCCGCCAGCAAGGCCACGAAACCCACACCUAAAACCACGACGGCCAAGAAAGAGCCCCCAGCCCCGCCUCUUUGAUGACAUCACCACUGACGACCCACCCCCAUUCUCCAAAUCACCAUUGUAACUGGCUGACCGUCUGAGUCUGUCCAACUGCCAGUGGAUGAGAAAACAAGACUCCGGCUCUUCUUUUUCUUUUCUCAGUGAUUGUCCUUUCAGCUCUGUUGCUCCCCACUCCUCCCCACCUUUAUUACAUUGUGUACAUUGACUAAAAGUAGCGAGACGAGAGAAUGUGAAGGCGAGCGAGUCGGGUGGAUGAGCGAGCGAGAGAAAGAUAAAUAACUAUAUAUGAAUAUAUUAUUAUAGAAAGUCUAUAUGAAAGUUGAUAAUCAGCUCCACAUAACCCGUUUCCUCCUAGCAGAUGAGCGAGCCUAGUUAGCCGUUGAGUCGAACACGUCACUCACACACACACACACACACACACACACACACACACACACACACACACACACACCAACCCUCACCCAGGGAGAGAGACGGACAAAAGCCUCUCCAACAACAAAAAAAUAAAAAUGAAAAAAAAAGUGCUGCUGUGUAUUUAUAGUUAUUAAUUAAAGUGCUUGGAUGGUUUACCACAAUAUAAGCAUGAGCUUAUUAUCACCAUGUGCCCAUUUCUAACUGCACCGUCACGCCAGCGGGGGGGGCUAGUUGUUCACAUGGCCCGAGUUACCUGUAAAUUUACCCAGUGAGGAGUUCUGUGACAAGGACACACACACACACACACACACACACACACGCCGCUGUUGGUCUAGUUAGGGUCCAUUCAUAUCAAGUGUUGACCCCCUCCCCUCCCCUCCCCUCCCCCGUCAUGUGAUGUCAUAGGUGUUUGGAGCAAGGCGGCCUCGCUUUAUAUCAACCGUAAGCACUUUGGUUUGAAUUGCAUAUCUGGAAGAAAUGUCUUUUUACACUACAUGCGCUCUGCAGCCAGGCAGCCCGAAACACACACACACACACACACACACACAGACACACACAGGCGCAUGGCGACAAGCCGUGUGUGACAGUAAUCUUCCACCACCGUGUGACUGUUGUUGGCCUUUUCUACGUUAUAACAUGGAAGAAAGACGCCUGGUGUUGACGCGGUAGUACUUGUCGUUGGUUUCCUUUAGACCAGAUACUGCUCUCCAGCUUCCUGUGGUCAGACUAACCCUCUCUCCAUUGCUCAUGAAUGCAAACAUUAUUCCACGUGACUGGAAGGGGAGAUCCUGUAUGCUCUUUCCGUUCAUCUCUGAGUAAAGAAGUUUCUAUGCCUCCACUGCUACCUUAAGAAAUGCAAUGUAUGUUCUGGCUCGGGGAAAGGGCCACGCCACAGGGUAACCAUUCAACUUGGAGGACAAUAAAAAGUGUUUUGGAUGGAAAUGA